CCCGAACGUCAACCCGAGUCUGCCAUCUUGCCUCCGCCGGGCCCACACACACGCUCCUUCUCCCGCACCUUUUAUCGCCUCCUCUCCUCCUCGCGAGACCUCGAACAAGGGACGAAAUGGCAGAUGCACCUGUGUACUCUCCUUUCUUCGGCGCCAUGGGUGCCACGGCGGCUAUGGUGUUCAGCGCCCUGGGAGCUGCUUAUGGCACAGCAAAGUCCGGCGUGGGCAUUGCGGCCAUGUCCGUCAUGCGGCCAGAGCUGAUCAUGAAAUGCAUCAUCCCAGUUGUCAUGGCUGGUAUCAUUGCUAUUUAUGGACUUGUGGUGGCUGUGCUCAUUGCUGGAAAGCUUGAUGCUGCCAGCAAAGGCUACACCUUGUACCAAGGAUUUGUCCACCUUGGAGCUGGAUUGAGUGUUGGCCUGUCUGGUCUGGCUGCAGGGUUUGCCAUUGGCAUUGUCGGUGAUGCAGGUGUGAGGGGAACUGCACAACAGCCACGACUGUUUGUAGGCAUGAUCCUCAUCCUCAUUUUCGCUGAGGUGCUGGGUCUGUACGGUCUUAUUGUGGCUAUCUACCUGUACACCAAGACUUCAUCGUCUUAAACGCAAGGAAAUUUUACAAAGGCAGUGUCAUACUCCUGGCAUGCCCACCUACCUAGACCUGCCUGGAAUGGAAAUACCAAGAUUGAUUUGAAAAGAGAACUUUCGUACAUUGUGGCGGGUUUGUGUUACAGUGGUGCUAGCUGAUCAUUUGGCAUAAUCUUUGUUUUUAUCAACUGGGGGAAGGGGAAACCAUUGCUGGAAUAUCUUACCCGAAGAAAUUACUGUUCAUUUUCUGAAUACUGCUAGGAGAGAGGAAAGUUCUGUAAUGAGGUACAAAAUUUUGAUUCAGAAUCUAAUAGUCUUAUACUGAGUUUUUGCUAGCACCAUGUAACUUGCUGGCGAACACAGUGUAAGGAAAUGUUGUAUGGCAAGAACUGCAUUGGUUACGGGUGAAGUGUUGAUCUGCAAACAUAGAUUAUGUAAUUAGAUAUUUAUUGUUUACCUUCCUGUAAUGAAUGCAUUGUUUAUAAAUAAGCAGUAAUUCUAGAACUUGGGUAAUAACAAAAAAUUUAAAUUAAUUAACUUUGAUAAUUCCUAAAUUGCCAAAGACAGACAGACACACACACACACACAGAGGCCUUGUGCAGAAAUCUUGGUUGACUAAUCAGUGUAUCAACCACAUGUUAAAGGAGUGUGCAGUUGGUGUCCGUCAUUUAAGGUAGGGAAGCAUAAAGGAAGCAGGAAGUUUUACAUGUUUCAGAAAUGGUCUCAUGGCCAUUUUGCCAUUGAAUAAAGACAAGAUUAUGUAAAGAAAAUAUUGGAUUAUCUUAAAAUGAGGUUGUGACUAGAGGAGACCAACCAACCUUUUCAUUUAGGAUAAUAAAGCUUGAUGCUUUUUGAACACACCAUAGAAUGCAUUGCUAGAAUAAUGCAUCUAGCAGAAAAGAAACAUUGGUAUUGGAAACUCGAACAUUUGUUAAUAUAGUAAAUGCUUCAGUAUUUCUGCGUGUCAUCAUGUAUGGGAUUAUCCAAGUUAGGAAGUGAUUUUAGUUGUAAUUGUUUUUUACAAGGUUGUUAAUAUGUAUAAUAUUUAUCUUCAGAUAUAUUAUCAAAGUCUUUUGUAGAUAUUCAGAUUAUGUUAUUUUAGGGGAAGUGACAUGCUGCAUAUUGCAAUAAAAAGAGAGGUCAUAGUUUUUAUGUUCGUUUAUUUUUGGCCACCAUGUACAAUCAAGGUGAAGAAAUGUCUUGGCUACUAAGGGGUUUAUAUUCACAUAUCAUGGCUUAAAAAGUCUGUCAUUAAAUCUUGCCUGGUUAAAUCUGUAAGAAAAAGAGAAAUACGCAUAUGGUUGUAGUAAAACAAAAGAUUGGAACUAUUUAUAAAGCACAAUUAAGCAUUUAGGAUAUUUAUUGAUGCUGUAGGUUUUGAAGCCUGCGUCUUCAAAUAGUGAACAUUCCAGUCCUUUGCCAAGUAUGUAAAACCUAUUGUUUUGUUGAGUAGGUUUUAGGUUCCACUUCCCUUAAAGAUAGAUGUAAUGUAUGUGUGAAAUUGUGAGGAUUUAUGUCAUUAUAAGAUUCUCUCGAGUCUCUAGUAUAUAGAAUCAAAGACUAAUCAGUACUAAGAAUUUAAGUGGCUUAAUUUCACGCACCAUUAUCUGGUUAGUAAACGAAGGACACCAUUUUAGGUUCAUUUCUUCUUUUCCCUUAUACCCCCACCCCCCACCAAUGGAUGUUUGUGAUUCCAUGUAGCCAAUACUCAACUUAGUGUCUGAACGUUUAAAAGACGUGUUUUUUCAAGAGAGGUCAUCAGUCUGGCUUGUCCUUCCCAAUUACCAAGUUUUGUCCAAGUGUAAAUGUUUUAAUCAGUGCAUAAGUCAAUAUUAAGAUGGUGUGUAUGUAUGUACAGUAUAUUAGGUCUAGAUUGGUGUAAAAGUUGUUCCAGUAAAUUACAUGUCAAA